AUGAUCCGUACCAAUACACUUUCUCCUGGCUCUCCCUCUCCAGCAACUUUACUUAAUCCUUUAAAUAAUAUUUCAUCAACUGACGUUUCAACUACUCCGGUUCAACAACUUUCAUGGGAAUUUUUGAGAAAACAAGCUCGUCAGUUAGAAAAUGAAAUAGAGCAGAAAUUAAAUAGUUAUUCUAAACUUGCUGCGCAAGUAGGGAGAAAUAUAAGUUCUAGCCCUGGGAAUAUAGGGAAUUUAUAUGGAGGAGAAGGUUUAGUAGGGAAUUCUAGUGAGGCCAUGGAAUUGGAAUUAGAUGAACUGAUUAAAAAGUUAACAAUGGUAGUAAAUUCUAUGGCUGAAGUUGUAGAUAGACCAUCAACCACACCAACAAAUCCAUCGAUGAUGCACAUGUUACAACGACAUAGAGAUAUUUUAUACGAUUAUUCAAAGGAUUUUAAAAAGACAAAGAAGGCAUUUAUACAUAAGCCUGCAAAAAAUCAUUCAGAUUUGUUGAGUUCAGUCAGAGAUGAUAUAAGUUCUUUUAAAUCUGGAAUGAGUAGCGAAACUGAUUAUUUUUUAAGCGAACGAGGUAGAAUUGAAAAUUCGCAUAGAAUGACGGAUAUGGUUAUUGAACAAGCAUAUGAAACGAGGGAAGAAAUGGGAAGACAAAGAAGUACAUUAUUAAAAAUUAAUACACGGAUGAGUCGACUUACAAAUCUUUUUCCGGCUCUUAAUAGUCUAAUAGGUCGUAUUAAUACACGUAAAACACGGGAUAAGAUUAUAUUAGCAGGAACAAUAUCAUUUUGUAUUAUUUUAUUAUUUUGGUAUAUAAAUUCAGGAAGUUAG